AUGUGCACUUUUUCCCUUAUUCUCCAUAUCUCGUUACUACACCUCAUACUGUAUGAAGCUCAAUUUUUCAACUCUACCUAUACUACCAACAUGGCCGUCCAUAUCUUCGGAAAGUCCGUCAAACACAACGCCUUGGUGCGUAUAGGACUAGCUAAGACUAUUUUUGGUGUUGGUUACCCUACUGCCCAAGAAAUCUGCGCCAAAGUCGGCCUCUAUCCUCAGAUGAGAAUGAACGAGCUUACUGAACCCCAGCUCAUGGCUAUCAACAAAGAGUUGGGUAAAAUGAAGGUCGAGGGAAAGUUAAAGCAGGAGAUCUUGGAGAACAUCAAGCUCAAGAGACUGAUUGGUUCUUAUGCUGGUUACAGACAUGCCUACGGUCUUCCUGUCCGUGGUCAAGGUACUAGAAACAACGCCAAUACUGCUAAGAAGUUGAACAAGUUGGACAGAAGAUUGUAG